AAAUGUGUUUGCCAAUUUAAGAAGAAGAAGAGAAACACGUAGAAGAACAGUAAAUACAAGUAUUAUCCAGGGAGUAUGGAGAAUUCGGAAUUAUCUUUCACUUUGGCUUACACCGUGUUUGCCAUUUGCCUCAUCUUUACUCCGAACGAAUUCCGUGCUGCAGGUUUAACCAUCCAAAAUGUGUUUUCGCCCUGGCUGGGCAGUGAGGAUAUUGGCUUCAUCGAGCACCAUUUGAGGAGGACCAGUCUCACUAUACUGAUCCACAGUGCCCUGCCUCUAGGUUACUACUUGGGAAUGUGUGUUGCUGACCCAGAAGAGAACCUGAUAAAUAUUCACCAGGUUAGUGGCAGCUGGAGAGUUUUUUUCUUUCUGUCUGUGAGCCUUCAAUUGGCCAGCUGGGUGCUUGUCAUUUACUGGUACUGCAGCCACUGGCACAACCAUCCCAUCAGCAAGACACUUUUAGCUCACGCACAGCUUCCUUAUUCCAGCUCUGGUCAUGUAGCAGCCAACAUCAACAGAGAGUUCAGACGAAUAGACAAAGUCGUGACUGGAGUGCCUGGAGCUCAAGUUAUUGUUACAGACAGCUGGAUACUGAAGGUGACCACAUAUCAUAUCUACAUGGCCUUACAAAGUGAUUGUCAUGUGACCGUGACAGAGUCCAGGCAGCAUCAGCUGAGCCCAGAUUCACCUUCCCCCAUACAGAUCCUGACCCUGAGAGUGGAGAGCAUCAAUCCUGCUGUCAGGCCAUUCAGUAUCAGUCUUAAUUCCACAGAUUAUACAGAUUUCAGGGAAAAAUUCCAAGCUCCCAUCAGAACUUCUCCCAAUGUUGUGGUCCACCAAACAGUCAGUGAGCUCUUUCUGGAAACCUUCAGAGCCCAGGUUGAGCUCAAUCAACGAUACACACUCCCCAGUGGGCAGGAAGUGGAGCCCUGUUUUGGCUGCAUGCAAGUUCCAUCAAGUACUAAGUUGCUUAGACUCUGUCAAACAGCAGGAAUAGAGAAUGAAUCAGAGUGCCAGCAGUGUUUUUGCAGGCCCAUGUGGUGCCUCUUAUGUUUGGGUCGAUGGUUUGCCAGCCACCAGGACCAACAAAGAUUGGACACUUGGUUAUCCAGCAAAGUCCCAUGUCCUACAUGCAGAGCAAAAUUCUGCAUACUCGAUGUUUGUUUGAUCCGCUGACAAGAUCCCAGUACUAUAUUAAAGUGACUUCUUCCUCUCAAAUCAACCCACAUAUUUUUUCUUCCACAUCAAGCUAAGAAGCUAUACAGCAUUACUGAACAGGACACUAGCCAUGUGAUGUGGCCUAAUCUGUUUGCUAAAACUGUAUUCCACUUUCUCAAAUUAUCUGUAAUACCCAUAGGUCAUCUGUACUGUAUUUAAAGGAGCAAUAAGCAAAAUUUUAUUUUUCAAAAUGCGCAUUGAAAAAGGUUGAUGGAAACACAACUUAUAAGACGUAGCUGCCUGGGCCAAUCUUCCUCUUUCGCCUGCUGCUGGCCAGCUGUACAGGAGAGAUGCUCUCUCCUGGACCUCGUGAGGAGAAAGUCUGCACUGGAGAAAUUAAGUAACCCAGUGACCCACAACCGUGUGUGCAGUGUUGUGCUAUAACUUCUCUUCAAGUUCAAGAAGUUAUUAACAUAAAUAAAAUUAACAUCCAGGGAACAAUACUACAGAAUGCUGUUUGUAAGGUAAGUAGCUGGUAGCCCACCUAGUGUAGUUAGCAUUGUUUAAUGCAGCCCGAGCUGCCCACCGCGAUCGACGUGUACAUUCAGGGCAUUCUUUCUUUUAUCAAAAUUUUUUAAAUUGAAACGGUUAACUGGUCAAGAAAACCUUUGUUCGACCUGAAAUGACUCAUUUAAUCAUCCAAAACGGUAUGGAACACAUUAAUUAACUGAAAAAUGUUGCAUAGUAUGCCUUUAAUGUAGAGAACAAGAAUGGGAGUGGCGCAGGAGCGGGAGUCAUUUUGAAUGGGAGUGGGAGUAAUUUUACCAGGAGUGGGAUGGGACAGGAUUUUAUUUUUUACUCUGGCCUGGGAUUGGGACGGGACACAAUUUUUUUUCUUUCUUUCAAUUUAUUUUCUUUCUUUUACAACUGUGGGCUGAGACAAUGUCGGUAAUUACUUACUAAAAAUAAUGACAAGUGGAUAUUGUACCAAUAAAUUCAACUAAAACUAAAA